AUGGCGACAUUCGAGGCCGAACUGAGAAAUCGCAACGUGGAAGGCCAACCCAGAGGAACCGGUCAGGUCGCAAACGACGGAUCUCGGCAUCAGAAUGCUGAAGGCGUCCAACAACAGAAUGCUGAAGGCGUCCAACAUCAGAAUGCUGAAGACCUCCAACAUCAAAAUGCUGAAGGCCAACCUGGAAGAAAUGGUUGUGCUGUUGAUGGUGGUCCACGACGUCAGAACGCGGCCACAGUUGAAGGACACACACAGAAUGUGCAGAACCCUAACUUCGGCAACGACCGGAAUGGUGGAGGCCCGAACGACAACCAUGACGAGAACUACCUAGAUGAUGAGGAGGCUAAUGAUAGUCCAUUCACUGAGAGGCUCAUGAACCUGGCUAUACCUCCGAGAUUCAAGAGCACCAGGAUACCUCCGUAUGACGGAAGUCAGGACCCAGAAGCCCAUUUAGCGGCUUUCAAGACUGAGAUGUUGUUCAACGGGAUCACUGGACCUAUUAAGGCCAGAAUCUUUGCGACAACAUUGACUGGUCAGGCGAUGACCUGGAUAACCAGGCUCCCCAGGAACUCAAUCGACUCGUUUGAGGACCUAGCCUGGACUUUUCGACUGAACUUUGCAACAAGCAAGGUGCAUCCAAUGCCGGCCUACGCUCUGAGAAGAAUUCGGCAUAAAGAGAAUGAAUCGCUAAAGAAGUACCUCGACCGGUUCAAGGAUGCCGCCCUCAAGGUUCGAGGUUUAACUGAAGCGGUGCAUCUUGACUUAAUCAUCUCAGGAUUAGAUGGUGACUCUCCACUUUCGAGAUCAAUCUAUAAGAACCCCGUGAAUGAUCUGGAGGAGUUCCGACGAAGGUCGGAUAAAUACAUUGAUGUGGAAGAUAUGCAAAAGGUCUACGUUGAGUCUCGAGGACGAAGUCUGACACGUCGGAGCCCGAGUAAGAAAAAUAACAAAGACCGGGACCAGAAAGGAUCCAAAAACGGGAAGGAUUCUCACGAUAAGAGGUCGGACGAUCGAUCUCCAAGAAGGAAGUAUGACGAUUACACACCCCUGAACAUGUCCAGAUCCAGGAUAUGGAAAGAGGUGGCCCAGACCGAGAUGCACAACGUCGAGAGACCUCGACCACUCAAAGCCAAGAGCGGGCUGGACAGAAACAAAUACUGCGCUUUCCAUGAUCAAAACGGUCACAUCACGGAUGACUGCUGGGACCUUCGAGAUGCUAUUGAAAAGCACGUUAGAGAGGGAAAGUUGAAGCAAUAUAUCAUCCGAACACAGGGAAAGAAAAAUAAUAAGUGA